UGGAGUACUACAAAAGAGCUAAAGUUGGGCAGUGAAGAAAAAAAGGAUUUUGUAAUUACGCCCUUGGAGCCUACCUGUAAAGAUCUUCAUAAUAAUAGGCUUAGCAUGAUAUCAUCAUGUGUCAG